GUGAGAUCUCCUGAAAAUUGUAGUAGUACUCAAUAAUUACGGAGUGUACAAUUCAACCCCGUAAUAUCUGGUCUCGGUAAGGAGUUCAGGUUUAUGUGAAGUUCUGAAUAAGCAUUCAUCGCCCCGCCCGCCUUCAUCCCAAUCCUUUAGCCUUUCUCUUCACUUCUCCGCUCUCUUCUAAUUUUGACUUUCCUCUCCUUUAGAAGCAUCAAAUCCGAUCCCCGUUUAGGGAAAAGAAUCUUUUGAUUGAUUUAUCCAUCUUAAGUUGAGUUUUGAUUCUUUCUGGGAAAGCAUUCUAUUUGAACACCGAGAAUUGGAUUUGGGGUUCUCUGUUGAGAAUGGCUAUGGCAUUCACCUCUUUGUCUUGGUGGCCAUGGAGUGGGAAACACCAAGAACCCAAAUUUACUUUAAGCCCAUUGCCUGAAUCCGGACUGUGGGAACCAGAUAAAGUGAAGUUUCCUCUUGACCGUAGACAAUAUACUUCUAGAAAGGUCAAGAGAAAAUGGAGCAGCAGAGAGGAGAGGAAGAUUGACAAAGAGUAUGACAUUGUUCUUGUUCCAUCUGAUGGUGGGUGUGUGUCUGGGUCUGAGUCUGAUGAUUCUGAUUGGUCAAUUGGAUGGAUGGAACCUCACGGUUCUGGGUUUCAAGGUGAUGAUGAAUCAGAUGAUAGCUUUGCUGUGUUAGUUCCUUGCUAUGGGCAUGCUGAGAACUUCACAAAUAAUUUGCAAGAUCAGUUUCUGAGCACCGUUAGGAACGUUCCAGAUAUUUAUACCACAGAGAGCAAGACAUAUAUGGAGCAGUGGCUUUCUUCACUUCAGAAUGUUUGACAUCUUGUGGCACCAGUCCUUACAAGAUGCCUGUAUUACUCUUUAUUGCUAUGGAAGUAUGGAUAUAUGUAGUAAAAUCUCGUUUGUUAAACAUAAAUGUGUAUGAACAAGAAAAGGGAGGGUGAUAAACAAAUGUUAAGACAUGAGAAGAAAUGGAGGAGGAUUGUGGUUACUAUGAUGCAUACACGCUGGUGAGUCAAAAGUGGAGGAAAAUGAAGAAUGCAAUAUUUAUGGUGGCAUUUGUGGUUCUUGUGUCUUACUAUCUAAGCUUAGGCAUAGAAAAUGCUUACAACAUUCUUUGGAGUAUAUAUUAUUGUGGGAUAGAUGUUUGGUUCUUUAUUAUUGUUAAGGCUGUUGUAAGUAGCUCUCAUUAUGGAAAUAUGGAUUGUUAAUAAUGAUAUUCUAUUGUAAAUAACUGGAUAAUGUCUGUUUUCAUUGGUGAUGCAAAUAAAUAGUUCUGUUCUGUUGGUUAAAUAGGCAAUACCUGGUGCAUGUCUUCC